UCUGAUUCUCUCCCAUCAAUAACCAAACCGAAAAUAGAAAGCUUGUUUCAUAUCAAAGAAUGAAGAUCACACGUACAUUGGUAGCAUUUGUUCUUCUCUUCGCCUUGAGCAUAAAGCCACUGCUCGGAGGAGCAGCCAAUGCAGAACCGGAACCAGUUCUCGAUUCUGGCGGCACAAAGCUCCGAGCAGAUCGCAGUUACUACAUAAUUCCAGUUCCCGCUCCCCCAAGCGGUGGGCUUGAGGUUGUAAGAAUCGGGAAAAAGUGCCCACCUGACGUAAUUACUGUGCAAGAGGAUCCGAGCCUACCAUCAUUGUUCAUACCCAUUGACCCCAAGAAAGGUGAGAUUCAUGUCUCUACUGAUCUGAACAUCAAGUUCUCUGUUAAUACACACACAGGUUGCCCUCACUCGUCCAACGUGUGGAGGCUCGAUGACUACGAUAAUACCACCGGACAGUACUUCGUGACGACGGGUGGGGUUGUGGGGAAUCCUGGUCGGCAAACAGUGAGGAACUGGUUCAAGAUUGAGAAGUAUGAAGAUGCUUAUAAGUUGGUUUACUGCCCAACUGUGUGCGGAACCUGUAAGGUUCAGUGCAAAGAUGUUGGGACUUACAUUGAUAGCCAUGGUUACGAGCAUCUGGCCCUUAGUGAUGUGCCUUACAAAAUUCAAUUUCUCUGAUAUGCUUUCGUCAUAUAUAAAGUUCAGUUUCAGUUAGCCGGAAGAUCGUUUCAUCAAUAUAAAGUUCAUCACUAUAUCGGAAUGUAGUUUGUCCCUAGAGGAACACUGUACUAUAUGUAUUGCCGUUGCAUAUAAAACAAUAAAUAAAUGAGCGAGUAUUUCCCCCAUAA